GGAUCGCUUGAAGUUGAGAAAAAUGAAAAAUCAGAAUUACAACGGCUGAAGAAGAAACUUGAAGCGGAUGUGAACGACCUCGAAACUGCUCUAACGCAUGCGAAUUCGGCCAACGAAGACACACAGACGAAUCUGAAGAAGUAUGCACAGCAGAUCAGUGAGCUGCAGCACGUACUCGAGGAUGAGCAGAUACGACGACAACAAUUCAGUGAAGAUUGUGUAAAUGCUGAGAAACGUCUGGCAUUUGUACAAUCCGAAAAAGAAGUUCUUGAGCUGAAAUCAUCACAGGCUGAACGACUUAACAAUCAGCUGGCACUCGAAACGAAUGAAGUACACCAGCAAAUCGACAAACUCACGAUUCAGUGCAACGACAUUAACGCUGCUAACAGACGAAUGCAAGAGGAUAUUGUUCAGACAAGGGUUGUGGGCGCAUUUUGCAUUGAAAUUUGA